AUGUCGUCUUCCAUGUUUGGGUCUGUUGGCUCACAUCGGAACAGGAGGAAAGAGCUCCGUGCCCUCUUGCGGCAUUCUGGCAUGCCUAGCUUGUUUGUGACUCUCAACCCGGCGGACUCGAAGAAUUUUGUGGUCAGUGUGAUGGCAGGGCGAGAUGUUGACCUGGACGAGAGGCUUGGCUUGAGUGAUGAACUGAAAGAGGAGGUGUCUCAGAGGUUCUCGGCGGCAUCGGCGGAUCACGGUGCUUGUGCAGAAGGUUUCCACUUCAUGGUGGAGAAGUUUAUCAAUGUCUUCCUUCCAUACGGCUCCCCCGAGGCUCUUCACAUCCACAUGCUUAUCUGGCUGGAGCACGCCCCUUCACCGCUAGAGCUCAGAAAGCAUGAGAAGGAAAACCCUGAGUGGGCCGCUGAAGUGUGUCGCUGGCUUGACACUGUCAUGUCCGGAUCGUUGCCUGAGGGUGCCGUGCCCAGUGGGCGAUAUCCUCCUUGUGACGAUGACGCCCUUGCCUUCCGCCAACGUGGUGACCAUCGUUCCCUUCCUCUUCUGCAACCGCCACCUCACCUCCCACCUCACAUGUCUGAAGAAGACUGGCAGAGGGUACGGCAGGAUGUGAUGGAGGUCUUGGAGUGCGGUCAACUGCAUGACCACUCCUUUACUUGCUUCAAGCACCUGCCUAAACUGCGUCGGGCUCAGAAGCUGGGAGAUGCCGAUUGUCGUUUCAAAUUUCCCAAGGAGGAGGUUUUGCACACACACUUCAACGACGACGGCACCAUCGAUGUCCAGCGCACACAUCCAAAGCUCAACAUGUACAACCUCAUCAUGGUGGGAGCUUUUCGCUGUAACAUGGACAUCAAGUUCGUCGGCUCGGGGAUGAUGGCGAUGGCUGCUGUGUACUACAUCAGCAACUACAUCUCCAAAGUCGCCCUCGACACCCCAACAAUGUUUGCAGCGAUCGAGGCGAGGUUUAGGAGAGGGAAUGGAAGGCUAUUGGGUCAAGAAGCGGAGAGAGUCGGAGAGACGGGUGCCGAGGCUCGGCAGAGACAGAUGAAGUCUCUCUUGGUCAGGUCGUGCAACACCCUCACGGGUAAACAGGAGCUGUCCAGUGAGCAGGUCAUGCAUCACCUCCUCGGAUAUCCACAUCGCUAUACGAACGCUCGCUUCCAAAACGUGAAAUGGUGGGAUAUCGCUCGCCACCUGGGUCUGUCCAACAGCAAACUUGCACCGGCAACUCGUGGGUCGCAAGGGAGCGAAGAUGUCCCUGUGGAAGCAGACAGGCUGGAGGAGUCACUGGAUCUGGACGAAAUGCCAAGGCCAACUGGAGGGGAUGUUGAGCAAACGGUGACACUUCUGCGCAUGGGGAACCCAGAUGACGAGCUACGGCACAGUGGUGGCUCGUAUGCGGUAGACGACUAUAUCAGGAGACCCAACUCUUUGUCGUCUGUCUGCUACUGGGACUUUGUCGCGCGCUACCAAAAGCUCACCGCCAAGAGUGCCAGGAAGAAGGGGCCACAGAAGGCAGCACCUGAAUUCCUACCUUCCCAUCCCCAGUUCAGCGCGCACCGCAUUCAGACUCGUCGUACCCCUGUCGUCCCCAUCCUCUCUGGCCCUACAAUCCCGAGAGACUCUGCUGCCUCGGCCGAGGAGCACGCGAGAACUAUGCUUGCCCUAUUCAAACCAUGGCGAUCACCAGCGGAUCUCGUUCCCGCCGACGGCUCCACCUCCAAGGAGCUUUCCUCUUGUGUAAAUUGUUGA